CCCGCUGGCCCGCGCCCUCCGCCUGCAGGAAGCCAGGCUCUUUCGGAAGAUCUCCCGAGUGCAGUCGCUCUUCCGGGAUUUGGAACUUCUCCAGGAACACCACCUGAGCUUGUUUUCAUGCGGUAAUUCAGGAGACAGGCUGUGUGAUUUUUCAUAAAGAGCAUGGUGAAACUAAUUCACUCAUUAGCUGAUCACGGCGACGAUGUCAACUGCUGUGCCUUCUCUUCUUCCCUCCUGGCUACUUGUUCCUUGGACAAAACUAUUCGCCUGUACUCCUUAAGUGACUUUACUGAACUUCCACACUCUCCAUUGAGGUUUCACACCUAUGCCGUCCAUUGCUGCUGUUUCUCCCCUUCAGGACACGUUUUGGCAUCAUGUUCGACAGACGGUACCACUGUCCUGUGGAGUGCUCACAGUGGACAGACUUUGGCAGUGAUGGAGCAGCCUGGUGGCAGCCCUGUGAGGGUGUGCCGGUUUUCCCCAGACUCCACUUACUUGGCAUCAGGGGCCGCUGACGGAACUGUCGUUUUGUGGAAUGCACAGUCUUACAAGUUAUACAGGUGUGGUAGUGUUAAGGAUGGCUCCUUGGUGGCCUGUGCAUUUUCUCCUAAUGGAGGCCUCUUUGUUACUGGCUCCUCAUGUGGAGAUUUAACAGUGUGGGACGAUAAAAUGAGGUGUCUGCAUAGUGAAAAAGCACAUGACCUUGGGAUUACCUGCUGUGAUUUUUCCUCACAGCCACUUUCUGGUGGAGAACAAGGUCUUCAGUUUUACCGAUUGGCUUCAUGUGGUCAGGACUGCCAAAUCAAAAUCUGGGCUGUUUCUUUUACUCAUAUCUUAGGCUUUGAAUUAAAAUAUAAAAGUACACUGAAUGGACACUGUGCCCCUGUUCUGGCUUGUGCUUUUUCCCAUGAUGGGAAGAUGCUCGUGUCAGGGUCAGUGGAUAAGUCUGUCAUCAUAUAUGAUGUUAAUACUCAGAAUGUCCUUCACACAUUGACUCAGCAUACCAGGUAUGUCACAACGUGUGCUUUUGCACCCAAUACCCUUUUACUUGCUACUGGUUCAAUGGACAAAACAGUGAACAUUUGGCAGUUUGACCUGGAAACACCUUGCCAAGCAAGAAGCAUUGAUGAUCAGCUGAAGCAGUUUACUGAAGACUGGUCAGAGGAGGAUGUCUCAGCAUGGCUUCGUGCACAGGGUUUGGAAGACCUUGUUGGUAUUUUCAAGAUGAACAACAUUGAUGGAAAAGAACUGUUGAACCUUACCAAAGAAAGUCUGGCUGAUGAUUUAAAAAUUGGUAAGACUAGUGAAAAUCAGGGUCUUCCUAUAGCUCCAGCUGACCUGGAACUCACUAUGUAGACCAGACUGGACUUGAAAUCACAGAGAUCUGCCUGCUUUUGAAGUUUAUCUCUUAUGUGUAUAAAUCUUUUGCUUGCAUUUGUCUUUGUGGCAUAUCUGUUGACAGUUCCUACCGCCAGCAUAAAACCUGAGUUUGUUUGCUGUCCAGUCCAUGGAAGUUGUGUACUAUAAAGUAUACUGGAUUGUCAGAGACCAACAUAGUAUAGCUAAUGUGUUUGGUACAAAAAACUUACUAAGAAGUAAGCAUCCUGUCAAGCCUGUUAAAAAUGGUUCUUUUGUAAAUACAUAAUAAAGGGACUUUCUGCAUACUUGAAUAUCUGAAUCUGGUGCUUUAACCAAGAAUUUUCUAGGUUUGCUGAUGAAAAUUUGUUGGUAAGAUCCUGUCCCGUCCAAAAAGCAUACUUCAGAGUGGUGUGAUUAAACAAAUGUCAUAGUCAAUGUGUUUCCUAAUUCUGCAUCUAAUUUGUUGAGUUUGCCAACGUUCUAGGAGUUUAAGAGAUAUAUAGUGUCCUAGUUUGUUCUUCAU